AUCCCCGACGGUCAAAACACAGAAUCGCAUCGGCACAGUUCGCAAACGACGCAUAGCCGCUGUCGUCGACGAAAUUUUCACGAAGUAACGUUUGAUUAAUUGAGACAGACCGAAUCGAAGAUGCACUCCCACACCGUCGCUUUGCUCGUGUUCGGAAUAAUGGCCGUGGCUUUGGCAUCGCCGAUACCGGGCCAUCAUCAUGAACAUCAUGUGAUCCACGUGCCUUAUCACGUGCACACGGUCCAUCAUCAUCACACCAAGAAGAUACACGUGCCGGUACAUCAUGUCGAGAAGGUAGCCGUUCCUGUUCCGGUUCCGGUGCAUCAUGUCGAGAAAGUGCCAGUUCCAUACCCAGUACAUCAUGUUGAAAAAGUGGCCGUACCUGUUCCGAUUAUAGAGAAGGUUCACGUCCCCGUUCACAUACCCGUUCACGAGGAGAAACACGGCUGGUUUUAAAUGGAUUUAUCUUGUUUUCAGUUUUAAUUAUGUUAGGUUAAUACUCAAGGUGGAGUCUGAGUAAGUAAGAGUUCAUACAAUUAAAUCUUCAUUGUCGAUUCAUUGAUAAUAACUUUCCUCAUGAGAUAUAAAAGAGGAUAAAAUCGCUCAGUACAAAAUUACUUACGCCACCAGAGCAGCAUUUAAGGAUUUAGUAUAGGAACCAACUCUGUAUGCACGCCUGUGUACUCAGAACGAAGAUACUUGUACAUACUUUUCAUCGUGUUACAUUUUUUUAUCAUUAUUUUUGUACAAUAAACGUUUGAUAAAAAAAUA